CCUCUUGCAAUAUUUCUUAUCCAGAAAAAUAUAGCCUGUACAACGUUUACACGGAUAAUUGUUUAACUAAAUACUCUUUGAACAUGUAUUUAAGACAAAGUUAAAUAUAAGAACUGAUUAUAAACAAGCCUUAAGUGUGCACUCAGUGCGCACUAGUACAUGCAACCGAAUUCGCUGUUAGUUUACUUCAUAUUUGUCUCUUCCUAAAGUGACAAUUGAAAAGAGACAGAGAACGAAUUAAGCUAAGCUUAAAGUUAAACAACGUUGGUGACACCGGACCUUAGGCCCGGUUUCGCCGAACGUAGCUUAACAGCUUUCAUCUCGGUUUGAUCCGUGUUUGUCUCUUUCUAAAGUAACAGUUGAAAAGAGACAGAGGACGAAUUAAGCUAAGCCUAAAGUUAAGCGACGUUGGUGAAACCGGGCCUAAACCUGAAUCGAUAUUUUGCCAAGAUUUUGCGCGAUUGUACAACGUUGUGCGGGCGAUCCUCUAUCGAGAGUCGCGAACGCUACGAAAUCCGCGGCAACGAAAAACUAAACAUCAGUUGAUCUCGCCGAUAACUUCGUUCAAUAGAUCUCGUCGAAAUAUGUCAGGAAAGGAACGCCGCCAAGAGAACACCGUCGCUGCUCUAUUGCUCGGUAAGUUUCUCUGUUUUAUUUCUAGAUUUCACUAUUCUCGCAAUCCUGAACAUGGCUAAAGUAAAAACUGCACUCUCAAAUUACCGGUUAGCUUUAAUCUCGGUUUAAUUCACUUCCAUCUUUUUUUCAACUCAUAUAUUUAGAAAAAGAAAAAAAAGAGGCAGACCGAGAUUAAAGUUAGUCCGCAUUGGUAGAGAUGGACAAAAGGGCCUAUCGUAAAAUCUGAGUAAAUUUCGAUAAGAUCAAUUUUGCGAUUAGCAGCAGUUGAUAAAAAGCUGUUCAUUAAAUACUCAUAUCGCAAUAUCCUCUCGUAUAUACAUAUUGUUCUCAAACAGAAAAAUUGGCACGAAGAGAGAGAGAGUGAAAGAGAGAGACAGAGAUAGAGAGAGAGAGAGAGAAACCAGAGUGUGGCAUGCGCAUUGAAAGCUUCGUACAAUCCCCGCCGAAGUACAAUCAAUUUUCGCGACACCGAGCAUAUUUCAUGCCGCGCGGCGGCAACUUUCACCAAGGACUGUACCGCGCGAGGAGAAAGAACGCCACCGCUCGAAGUUGUCUCUCUCGGAUGACGUUUCGAGCGCCAGACGCCAGUGUGCGUUUCAGUAUGGAUAGAGUUCAGUAAGGUCACCAGCCUCGUCGGUACGCGGGUUUGCGGCUCUACGUGCGCUCUCGCGUUUCCCCAGGAAUUCUUUCGCGAGAUCGCGCUCGCGCUCGCUCUCCGUCUUUCUCCUGUCUUUCUCUCUCUCUCUCUGUCUCUCUCCUUCUCGCCACGUCGAAUCGCCGCGAACGGUCGGCCGUUCGCUCGCUACGCUGCCAUUUCUGACGCGAGUCCGAGCUGUCGUCAUCUUCCGCUUCCCACGGACGAGUUCCGGAUCGACAUUGACGCGGAGUCGCUCCCGCGGCUGCGAGGAACCGACUUCCCCCCCCUCCGAGCAGCGGUCGAGGGACGAGGCGAAGAGGUGAAACCGGCAGGAGGAGUCUUGAGGGAUCGCAGGAAGACAUUUUCCGGCAUUCGCCCCCGAGAUGGUCAAGACGACUCGGAUGGUAACAACGAGUCUUCUCAAGUGCUGAGGGAGAGUCGAUCGUUGCUCGUCGGGCUUUAAAAUGCUGGGAAACUGACCUGUGCAUGCGAUAACGAUGGCGGAAAAGAUUGCGGAAGGAAGUGCUAGCAAGUCGCCGGAAAAGGCGAUGUCCUUGGCGUCAGACGGCUCUUUGGCGGACAAUAAGGCGACUCCCUCCGAUAAGGAGAAUCACGAACGAACGGGCGGCGUCGACAAGUCGUCUACCCCCGUGGAGACUCCAGACGCCGACGUUGAGAAAGAGAAAACCGAUGGUACAGGUUCACCUGUUACUAAUCCCGAGGCGCAGCAGGACGUUUCGAACACAGACUGUAAUGGGGAUUUAAAGGGAUCAAGUCUCGACGCGACAACGUCUCGUCAGUCGCACUGUACCUCUGAGAGCAAAGACAGCAGUUCCGACGAUUCCUCGGGAAAGUCUACCGAAAAAGGCUUUGUCACUAGCUCCGUAAAGAGCGAUCUGAACGAGAUCUUACAAAUCGUUCACGGUGAUCUCGCGAUGGAGGCCCUGCAGGCCGCCGAGGCUACAAACGUGAAAGCCAGCGACAAUGGGAACAAUGAGGAAGGGCAGCAAACGGUAAAGAAGAGUGACGACGUUUCGACAGACGAUGUACAGACGUGUUCCAACCCCCCGCCUGCGGGGGAUGAAAGUGAUGUGGGACACGCGUCGGAGAAGACGGAGGAGAAAUCCAACUUCGGGAUUGUUCGCUCUCCGACCGCGUUUGGCGAGCUUAUUAUUCAGGAGCAGCUUGACAGCAGCUCUGCACUACCGACCGAUCGCGCGGACCACAUAGUAGAAUGGGUUAAAAAUUCGGCCAAGAUAAACGAGGAGGAGAGUAACACCGUCGAGGACUGCAAGGAACCGGAAGACGCCACGAAGAGGGAGGCCGAGAAACGGAAGAAGUCGCCUAUUUCCGCCUCGGUCGUGUUGCCGAAAAAAUCGAAGAUUGUCAACAACAUCAUAAAGAGGAGUAUUAAGUGCUUGAACAAGAUGCACGCGAUGGAGGGUUCGGCCGAGAACAAGCGAAAGGUGAACACCGCGGAGGACGACAAGACAUCGACAUCGCCGUCGCCGUCGCCGAAAGUACCCCAGAGCCAGCAGAACGGCGCCGCCCUUCCGGAGGAAACCGCGGCGGCGCCGGCGACGUCGGCAAGUCGCGGACGCAGCAAGAAGAACGAGUCGUCCAGCGACAACGAGACCCCGAAGAACCCGAAGGGCAGGCAGUUGCUUGCAAGCACAUCGCGGCAGAGCACGACGACUUCGAGUGACGUUGUGCAGCCACGCCACGUUAAAGCGGGCUCCGAGCCCGUCGAAAUAAAGAAACGAAAGUCCACUAACGGACAGCUGACCUUAGGGUAUCCCAGGAAGAGGUUUUGCGAUAACUAUUCACGAGAGGAGCACAUUUUGAAUAUUGUGGGCGACGACGAAAACCUCGAAGACCUCAUGGCAAAGGCCAAUGAAUUGCGAGCCGAAAUUUUGUCUCUUGAAAACUUAGCACAUGCCAAAGAAAUGGAAUGGAAUGAGAUCUUGCGGAAUAGGAAGCUCAAGGAGGAGGCAUAUACGAGGGUCGAGAGGAAGAUAAACACGACCCGCUACAUGGAAAACGAUCAGGCGUCGGAGAAUUUGCCGCUCACCAGGUCGUCUUUGAGUUCGACCGAAUGGGAGAACAACAGUAACACCCUUUCGGUAUCGAGGGAGAAAUCUUUCGAAUCUAAGGAGGACCUAAACGAGAGAUCUCCGGACUCGAAGAAAGAGAAAACCUCGAGAGGUAUCUCACAGCAACGGGUGACUCCACCGAAAACCAAUGGCGAAAGUAGUCGCAAGCAGAGUGACGCGUUGAGCCUGGAAAGCCGGCAGAUUGGAGAAGGCCGUCAAGGUGCGAUAGUAGAUGUCAGAUCUAUUAUCGCCGAUCAUAGACUCAAGCACCCGGAAACUGUACCAAGAAGAGGUCGAAGGAUGAGAAAUUCGAACGUGAACAUCAACUUAGGUGCUGGAGGCGCUAUGGUCGAAACUGGGCACAAUGCCGAUUCGAGACCGUCUAGCACAGAAUCGUGCAAGAGCAACCCAAGCGCGAGCGACUCCGUGAACUUCAAGGACAUGCUAGUACAAUUUGCUAAGAUAAGUCAGCAAGGUGAAUCGAUCAAGGUACCACAGAACUAUCCAGAUGUGACGCUUCAUCCUGUGACACCUUCGCCCGCUCAAAAUACGUCUCAGCCGACUGGCUCGUUGCUCCACGGUAUUCUAACAAAAGCGCAAACACCGAGAUCCACGACUUUUUCACCUACUUUAGCGAGAUUACUCACCGCGCCUGAAAGAGAAAGGAGUUCUCCUGCCGCGGCGGCGGCGGCGGCGGCGGCGGCAGCGGCGUCAGCUUCAGCGUCGGCAUCAGCGUCAGCAUCAGCGUCGCAGCAAAGCACGACCCAGCACCUUUUGCAGACAUACCAAGGCUCUAAUAUGGUUUCUAUAAAUGAGCUCCUAUCUUCUUCCAAGGCUCGCACAGAGAUAACUAUAACCCCUGUUGUUAACCCUCCCGCGCAAUCUCACUCUAACGAUUUAAUUCAAGUGGAGGAUGUGGAAGAAGAAACAACUGUAAUUGACGACAGAAAAGGGAACUCUGUAGUCGGAAGAGAUAGCAAACAAGUAGUAAAGGACAAUCCACCUUCACCAAGCGCCCCGCCCAGAUGUCAGGGUUGUAUAGCUCGACCCGCACAGUUCGUUUGCGCCGGAUGCGGAAAUCAGUGCUCGCUGCGUGGGCAACGCACUCCGAUCACUGUCCGCCGGAGCCCGAGAAUAUCAAGACAAAGAACAACGUUUAACGUCCGGAGACUCCGCACGCCCGGUGUGUACAAUGGCAUCAGGCAAGAAGGAUAACCGAGUACGAAUCUAGUCAAGGAAAGAGGUUCAUGGAUAUAAUUCAUAUAGAGCGACAAAUGAGAUGCGGAGAAAGAAUCAAAGAGGGGUCACUGUGCGUUUGUCGUAUUAAUACAGCAGCGGAAAGAUUAUUGUCAAAACAGAUGGAUGAUAUUGUCCUAUUUGUCACGAGCAUUUACCGAUCUCCCAUCUCAAAGGAGGUUCCACGCUAUCACGUUCUGCUCGCGGGACGAAUUCGUGAAAUUUCUUGCACUUUACUCGAGCUUUAGAUGAAUAAAAAUUGUCUUCUUUCAAUGACGAACAUUAA